CGUCAUUUGUUUGUGGUCGCGGUGGAGUCGAUGGGCGCGCUUCGAAAAUUCUAAUAAAAAUGGAAAUAAUGUGUGAACGCUGUUAGGAAGGAAGCAUCAAAGUUUUCGAACCAUAACAAAUGUUUUUUAAUUCGUUUUGUUUUUUUUUUGUGAAUUAUCAACAAACAAAUUAUGAUAUGAAGUGAACAAAACAAAAAAGAAAAGUAAAUUGUAUAAUAAAAACGUCCAUUAAACUGAAAUUAAAUUCAUGCCGGCAAACUCAAAUAAUUACGAUAAUUUAUUUUGUGUGUGUAAAUUCUCAUACUGAAAAUUGAGAUUAUUCUUGUGUUAAAAGUUUAAGGUUCGCUUUAACUGCUCCGAGUAGAAUAUUAAAGUGAUAUAAAUUAAGAAAAAAUAAAAUGUUGAGAUUAAAAAGUAACUCCUGUGUUCACAAGACAGGGUUUUAUGGUACCCCAUUUGCGAUGUUUGCUGUGAUUGCUUUGCUAUUUUUAUUUGCCAUGGCACGUGAGAGCCGAGCCGACUCAAUAAGUGUGGUUUACCUGAAUCGUAAUUGGUCGCUGAAAAAUCAAAAUGAAACAUUAACUGUUUCGGAUAUAAUUUUACCAAGUGGAGUCUAUUCGGCACUGUAUGGCGAACAAGUUUUGGAUUCAUGGAACGAUGUGGAUAUGCGUUGGAUUGCCUACGAUAAUUGGACCUAUACCAAUAAAUUUAUGGUGAACACCACCACCUUGCGGAAUAUUCGCUAUAAAAACUUAACUCUCUACGGCAUUGACACAGUGGCAGAGGUGCGCCUUAAUCACUACCUCCUCGGUCGUACCGAUAAUAUGUUUGUCCGCUAUUCCUAUGAAAUUUCUCAGUUUCUUCAAGAAGAAAAUUUACUCGAAAUUGAGAUAAUGUCACCGGUCUAUGCGGCCCGCCAAAGGGCCAAUGAGUUGAAAGCUCAAGGCUUUGAUGUCCCACCCAAUUGUCCCAGUGCACGUUAUCAUGGGGAAUGUCACAUGAAUAUGUUGCGAAAAAUGCAGGCAAGCUUCUCAUGGGAUUGGGGUCUGGCGGCACCUUCGAUGGGUAUUUGGAAAUCGGUGGCCUUGGAGUAUUAUGAUGUGGCCGUGAUACGUGAUGUUGAUGUGGCCACAUGGAAAAAUACAACACACUGGAUAAUGGAUAUUCGAGUGUUUAUGGACUGUGCAGGGCGGCAGAAUUUCUAUGGUGAAUUGACAUUCUAUGCUGUAGAACUUCUGAAGAAUCCGCUAAUUAUCAGUGACCAUGUAAAAACGCCAAUUAGUUACAAGGCUCCCGUAAUUGAGUUUCAAGUGGCCUUUCCCAUUGAUGAAGUUACUCUUUGGUGGCCAAAUGGUUAUGGUGGCCAAAAGUUGUAUCCAUUACAUUUUACUCUCAAAGCUUGGUUGGAUAAGAGAGGCACCAGUCUGAGAAAUAAAAUUGCUUCACAAAAAUCGAUUAGCAUUGGUUUUCGCACCGUGGAAUUGGUGGAAGAUCCCGUGAUGGAAGGUAGCGGCAAUACGUUUCUCUUCAAAGUCAAUGACAAGGAGAUCUUCAUGAAAGGCAGCAACUAUAUACCAAGUCAUAUAUUGCCGGAAUUUAGUCGCGAUAAAACAAGAAUUAAACACCUCCUGCAAGCAGCCAAGGACACUCACCAAAAUAUGAUACGCGUUUGGGGUGGUGGCAUCUAUGAGUCCGAAUAUUUCUAUGAAAUGGCCGAUUCGUUGGGCAUAAUGAUAUGGCAGGAUAUGAUGUUUGCGUGUGCCAUGUAUCCCGUUACAGAUUCAUUUUUGGCCUCCGUACGUAAAGAGGUUAUACAAAAUGCUCAACGUAUUGCCCAUCAUCCAAGUAUUGCGAUAUUUGCGACAAAUAAUGAAAAUGAGGUGGCCAUUGCACAAAAUUGGUAUGGCACAGUGGAGGAACGUUUUAAGACUGAAUAUCGGCAAUUGUAUAUAGCUACGGUAAUACAUGAACUAAAGGCAUUGGAACAUGCAACACGACCAUUGCCUUUGGUCUCGUCACCAUCCAAUGGCAAAGAAUCGGCGAGAGAUAAUUAUAUAUCGGCAAAUCCUCAAGAUCCCAAUUAUGGAGAUGUCCAUUUCUAUGACAUUUUCAAGGAUGGUUGGAAUCCCUCCAUAUAUCCCCGCCCUAGAUUUGCAUCGGAAUACGGGUUUCAAAGUUUACCCUCCUUGCAGACAUGGCAGCGCACACUGGGUCCGGAGGAUAAUCUUGCCGAUUUAAUAGAACAUCGUCAACAUCAUCCACUGGGCAUGAUGGCCAUAACACCUUUGGUGCGAAUUCAUUUUCCUCUGCCGCUGCCAGAGGAUGCCAAUUAUUUGGAGGCUUUGGUAUAUUUUAGUCAAAUCUCACAGGCUAUGGCCACGAAAACCGAAACAGAGUUGUAUCGCAGUCUACGCGAUACCGAACAUCGAACAAUGGGUGCAUUGUAUUGGCAGCUGAAUGAUGUCUGGGUUGCGCCGUCAUGGUCAGCCAUUGAUUACUAUGGAAAUUAUAAGCUGCUGCACUAUUGGUCUAAGGAAUUUCUGGCGCCCAUUGCCAUAACCGCCUUGUAUGAGAGUAAAAUUCGAUCCCUGAAUGUCUCUCUGAUAUGCGAUCUAUUCGAAAUAAAUACCGACGGCCUGCAGGUCUCAAUGAAUAUUUACAAAUGGUCUCAACUGUUUCCAAAGAAUACGACAACAUGGCCUGUAACGAUGGUACCAAAUGGCGUUCACUACGACAAGGUAAUACCCGUCGAUGACAUCUUUCAGGGAGAGUUUACCAACUACAACAGCUUUGUAGAAUUUGUGCUGCAACGAAAUAACAUGGCAUUGGCCCGUACAUUUUAUUUCCCUGCCUCGUUUAGCAGUGUUCAGGCUAUCAAAGAUCCUCAGAUACAAAUUCUCAUUUCCAAUGUUUUCUGCAGUUCCCAAGUCAAUGUCAAAAUGAACAGCUACAGUCUGACACUGAACGCCAAAUAUCCGGCAAUAUUUGUCUACAUAGAAUUAAUAUUGGAAAAACACCCCGACAUUAAACAUUAUAAAUUUUCGAAAAAUGGUUUUAUGAUGACUUCAUCGAGUUGUGUUCUACAUCUGGAAUUUGAGGCAAAGGAAUGCGUUCGACUGAAUGCCAAAGAUUUUAAAAUAAUGACAGUUAAUCAGUUUAUGAAGCUUUAAAUUGGUUGCCACCAAGCAAAAAAAAAAUAAGUUAAUAAGUUAAGAACUUUGUGAAACUUGAAUAUCGAACAAAAUAUAUUUUACUAUAAGGAAUUUAUAUAUCUAUAAA